AUGUCGAAGGAGCCUACUCAACCCCCGGGCAACGUGCUCGGUGUGGUCGCCGAAGCGGAAGCCGCCAGCGGUGGCGACAGCACCGCGCCGCCCACCGCGGCCACCCUCGACGCCGAUGCGCCGCCCGUACCAUACUGGCGCCUGUACAGCACGGCGGACCCCUUGGAUAUGCUGCUGGUCUUCCUUGGAGCGAUCGGUGCCAUAGGCAACGGCGCCAUGCUGCCCCUCUUUUCGCUGUUCCUCGGCGCCUUCACCCAGGCCUUUGGGACCUACAUCCCAUUCUGCGGCGGCGUUGCGCCCCCGCCCGGCUUCAUGAGCGACGGCGAGUUCAGGGCGUCCAUCUCUGGGGUGGCCCUAAACUUCCUGUACGUGGCCAUCGGCGCCGCGGUUGCCGGCACGCUGCAGCAGGCGUGCUGGAUGCUCUCGGGGAACAGACAGGCCAACAGGAUUCGCCGCAAGUACUUGGCUGCGGUGCUGCGGCAGGAUGUCGGAUUCUUUGACACCCAGGCCACCACUGGGGGGCUGCUGCAGGGGCUCAACGAGGACAGCCUGGCCAUCCAGGCCGCGCUGUCUGAGAAGGUCGGGCUGUGUCUGCAGCACAUGACGACGUUCAUCGCCGGUUUCGUCCUCUCCUUCAUUAAGGGAUGGGACGUGACGCUGGUCCUGUGCGCAUGCCUGCCGUUCCUUGCCGCGACCGGGGGGCUCUUGGCCAAGGCCUCAACCGGCGCCAACACGCGCAGCCAAAAGGCGUACACAGAGGCGGGCGCCGUGGUGCAGCAGGGCGUGUCCCAGAUCAGGACCGUGGCCGCCUACAAUGGGGAGGCCCGUGCUGUGGAGCAGUACAACGAGCUGCUGACGGAGCCCCAGCAGGCGCGCGGCGGAGCGGCGUGGCGUGGCGCCCUCUUUUCUGGUCUUGGCCGCAUUGAUCCAUCAUCAACUGCCUGUUGGGCCCGACAAGCAAAAAUCCCUCCUCGCGACACCUUUGAUUGUCAUCAACAUGCUUUGUGA